UUGAAGUAAAUGUUUUAUUAUAAUAAAUAUCAUAGUACACAAAUACAAAUUCUGUAACUUUUAUCUGCAUAAUAUCUUCAUCAUUUCUGCAUGUUUAAGCAACAAUUUUAAUCCCAGAAGUAUUCCUCUCAGACGCCAUGUGAGCCAUGAUAAUAAUCCUGGUGGUCAGAUAUUCUCUAUCUAAUAUUCUGUCAGGUCUGAAGUCAAACAAGUGAAAUAAAACAUGGAGGAACUAUUUAUAUUUUACAAGGGCCAGCUGAGGCUCCCUUGAGGGGCCCUUGGAGGCCCCCGGACCACCGUGUGGGGCCCUUCCGUGGAGCUACGGCUUCGUGUGAGUCACCCCACCCACGGCUCCGGUGGAGCUUCAUUCACGGAGCAGUUUUAUUGGUAACUUUUCUCCGUUACGGCUCGUGUCUGUGCGCUCCGGAGGAAACGUGCAUCACCUCCCAUCUGCUGGCUGCUCCUGCCGCGCAGGCGCACUGCGGCUCUCCAUCAUUUCCAAUAUCCCAGUGUAGGAGAAGCAGCAGAGGCAGAGAACUAAUGGGAACCAUGGGAAUACCACUACCCAGCUGCGUUUGGGAACCGAUAUGUUGAACAUGCUCCACAUGUCCGACUGACGGACUGUAUCCUGGGCGAAUUGUAAAAGAUUAAUAAUAGAGGACUUUUCCCCCCUGAAAGCACAGCUCGUUCCUAAUACUCACCUCUUACGUCCAGCAUCUUCCCGAGUCGGAUGGCUCUGAAUGACAAGAUGCAGUAAUGGAAGUCCAUGUGCCAUUCAGCGCUGUAGCCAUGAAGCAGCUCAAAGGGUAGGGGGUUUGCCGUGAGCUCGCCUCACCCUCUCACCCGCCCACCGGCUCCACCCGAGAGCACACUCCCACGUUGAAUCCCUGACCCGCCUCCUCGACACGCCCACCUCCUCCUCCACCACGGCUUUGGAAGACGAACAUGACGUGCGUUGCGACGACACUGGUUGAUGUCUGAUAGAUAUACCUCUGAGGCGUCGAGCGUAAAACCGGUGGAGCAAUGAAUGGCGGAAAGGACUGUGAGGCGGGAGAUGAGAGGCAGGCCGUCCCUGUCCAGGUCCCCAUUGGCUGGCAGCGGAAGGCGGAGCACGGCGGCGGGGUCGUGUACAUAAGUCCCAGUGGCUCGGUGCUGUCCAGCUUGGAGCAGGUGAAGACCUACCUGCUGACAGAUGGAACCUGCAAAUGUGGCCUGGAGUGCCCGCUCAUCCUCCACAAGGUGUUCAACUUCGACCCAGGGGCGGCUGUCAAGCAGAGGACAGCGGAGGACGUGAAAGCAGAUGAAGACGUCACCAAACUCUGCAUUCACAAGAGGAAGCUUCUGGCCGUGGCCACACUGCACAAGAGCAUGGAGACGCACCCACCGCUGACACUGACCAGUCCAGGGGGAGGUACGUCAUCUGUGGUCGCUGUGCAUUCCACGACUCAACGAGCAAUAAGGACUAAACCCCACGAUGGCCUGCCCAAUGCUGUUGGCCCUGACUGCAAGAAUCCUUUCAAGAUGAUGAUGGCAGCUGGACAGCAGCAGCAGCAGAGGCUGUAUCCACCCCAGGAGAUGGGGGGAGCCCAGCAGCCAGAGCUCUACUCUGGGUACAUCAGGCCUCAGCGGCUGGGCAGUGGGGAGCAGGGCCCCAAAUCCCCGUACCGUGCCGGGUAUGGAGGCAUGCUGAGCCCACCUCCAUCCAGUGUUAAGCUGUAUGGAGAUGGCUCACAGUCUCCCAGUGCAGACACUCUGGGCAGCCCUGAGGGCUUUCCAAGGACCAAUCCUUGUGGGUUUCCUGGAGCCGGCAGUCCUGGCUCAGCCUCCAUCCACGGGAACACGCGGACACCUCUUUCCCCACCCAGUGUGAUGCUCCAUGGCUCCCCUGCGGGCCAGCCAUCCUGCGCCAUGACAGGAAGGACUAGCACGCCCCUCUCCCCCACGGCCACUGCCAAAAGCCCUGUCAUGAACAUGAACAUGCCACGGGGGAACUUCCCCCCUGGUAUGGAUAUACCCCGUGCAGCAUUUCACCAUAAAUCACAACCCCCUGUGCACCCUGUACCGCCCCCUCCAUCCAUACCGCCAUCCUGUGCCCUUCAGAAAAGGCAGUUAACCUCAGAAAAGGACCCCUUAGGCAUCCUGGACCCCAUCCCCAGCAAGCCAGUAAGCCAGCCCCCCACCAAUGCCCCAAACCCUUCCAACUUCCAGCCUAACAUCCACUCUCAGGUACCAAUGAUGAAUGUAAACAUACCCCCUCCUGCCAUUGUUCCCUUGCCAAGCAACUUACCUUUACCCACAGUGAAGCCUGGGCCUGUGGGGCAUGGCGGCCAUGUUCAAAGGACUCAACAGGGUGGUCCAACUUCCUCCAUGUCUCCCUCUCCCGUCACCUCCCCUGUCCACAUGACUGGACCUGCGCAUGGGAGAAUGGAGGCCUCCCCUCAUCGCUCACGUUCAUCCUCAACCUCCUCUGACCAUGGGAACUUUGCAAUGCCCUCGGGGCACCAGACCCCGUGUGGUACCAUGAAGGUUCCUCCUCGUUCCCCCAGGUCGGCCAUGGGCUCACCUAGGCCAGCCAUGCCCUCCAGUCCCUCCACCAACAAAGCUGACCCACUCCACCAGUACAAAGACUCCCAGAUGCUGCCUGGGAUUGGAAACUCAAUUGGUUCCCAGCAGCACAGCAAUCCCAUGUACUCACCCACCUCUUCCUCUUCGUCGACAUCUUCUCUGGCAACCCCCAGCGCUUCCCAGAAGGGCCACCCAGGACUCCUGGGAAUGCCCCUCAACCAGAUCCUCAACCAACAGAAUGCCGCUUCCUUCCCCGCCAGCAGUCUCCUGUCAGCCGCAGCCAAAGCACAGCUAGCAAAUCAAAACAAACUCAGCGCUGCUGGCAACAGCACUGCUGGCAUGGCUGGUGGUGGUGUUGGCAUGUCAAGCAUGGGGGCAGGUGGUGGAGGUAAUGGAGGGGGUGGCGGGCACCCUGGCUCUAUGAGCGGCCCUCGAGGCAUGGAGGGACACAGCACUUUAAACCCCAUGCUCCCGCCAAACUCCACCAUGCUGCUCAACACUCCUGAGGGCCAGAGUGGCCGGGCGGCUCUCAGAGACAAGCUCAUGGCCCAGCAGAGGGAUCCCAUGCGCAAACGGAAACAGUCGUCGGGCAACGCCGCUGUGAACCACGACAACACUAACAACAUGGUCUACAAUAUGCUUAACAAACCAGGCAUGGGAGGACCUCACAUGCCGGGGCCCAGUGCCACUGAGCAGCUGCGAAAAGUGGGCCGACUUGGAAACCUUCACCCAACCACGUCCAUGGCCCAGCUUCUGCAGUCCAUGAGCUGCCAGAGUUCCCACAACAUGGCUGGGAACAGCCAUCGUCCAGGCCUGAGCCCCGGCCCGGGAGCUGGUGCUCAAGGAGCUGCGCCGCUGCACUACACCGACAGCACGGGCAUGGUCCCUGGUGGUCCUCAGCAGAACCUCCUAGUUCAGCAGAGGCUGCGGGGUCCAGGAGAUACCAUGCAGCACUGCCAGAACAUGGACACCGCUGGGGGCCACCUGGGCCCUCGUCCAGGCCAGUUCCCUGACAUGAUGGCUCAGAUGCAGGCCUCUGCCAUGAGUAACUGUAGGCCUAUGGGGCCAGGCGGUGGACCGGUGGGACCUGACGGCAUGCCGCUGGGCCGCCCCAACACUAACCCCCCACCACUGUCCCAUCCCGGCCCUCACCCCACACAGCUUCACAGUAUGGGGCGGACUACCAUGGUGAUGCCACAUGGAGGUGGCGAUGGAAGCUGCUCCCAAGCUGUCUCUGAUCCAGGAAACCCGUCGUCACUGGGUUGUGGUAUGGGCGCCCUGCAGACGCACGUUAACGCCGGCGGAGGUCAGAUGUACCAGCAGCAGGUCCACCAGGGCAUGCAGCAGGGAGUGGCCUCCCACCCGGCCUACCAGGGACAGCAGCACUUCUCUGACAACGCCCCCUACUCAGACAGCAGCAGUGUCAACGCUGGCUCCAUGGCCUGCCUCUACCAGAACUACCAGCAGGGGAUGUUGCCGCACCCACAGUUUGGGGAGGAUCAGCAGCCCCAGGGCGAGGGGCUUCCAGCAGGGACACCGGGCUCUGACAGGGGUCCAGGAGGAGGACCAGAGUCAGUGGAUGCCAUCUACAGAGCCGUAGUGGAUGCCGCCAGCAAAGGCGUGCACGUCACCAUCACCACCACCGUCAGCGGGACCACGCAGGCCAGUCCGGUGCCUGCCCUCAGUGCCAUGAGUGCCUUCACCGCCUCCAUCGGGGAGCCCGUCAACCUCCCCCAGGCCGUCAGCGCAGUUCUGCACGGGCACCAGGAGGGGGAGGUGCAACAGGCAAGGCCGAGGCAGGUGAGGUUGGGUAGGGGUCAGAAGAACAUGGAUCCAGGGAAGAGCACUCCGGACGGCCCCGAGGCCAACGACUACUUCCGUUCUCCUGGUCGCGGGACCCCCAGAGGUCAGUGGGAUGGAGAGUCGCAGCACGGAGGAGGCUUCGACGCUCACAGCAACAACAGCACCUGGGGUGAGGAGUUUCUGGAGUGCUCUACCCAGGUGAGGAGUAGUCCCUGCAUGGAGAGACCCGCCAGCCUGGCUCCUGCCCCACCAUGUCCCACCGAGGGCUCCAAUGACCACGGCCUGGCCAUGGCCCAUGACAAGGCCUUUCUAGACGACGGAUACCGGUUCAACAACUGCAGCCGGACACCCGCCAACUACAAGGAACGUCUGGAGCAGACGGUGGAACGCUGUGCCCACAUCAACGGCGCCACACCCCACUUCAACACCCGGGGUUACGGUGAAGUCCUGGGCCCUCCGCGGCAGGACCUGACGGGGGACGACCAGUCGCCCAGCUCCUCCACCAGCCUGGAGGGACCUUUGGCCACAGCCAAAGACUACAGCCACUACAAUGGCCACUUCAACGGCAUGGCGCCCAGCCCCUCGGACACAAAGAGCCUGAGCAGCGAGGAGGACCUGCGGCAGCCGGACUCUCCGUCGUCAGAGCUGCUUCACUACCGCUCCAGGACCUUCAACAUGGGAGAGCUGGUCUGGAGCCAGCUGAAGGGCUUCCCACCCUGGCCUGCCAAGCUGGCCGGGGACGAACAAGUGCACAACGCUGCUAUGCAGCUGCGGGAGCAGGCCAAGGUCGAGCCCGAGAAGCUAAAAACACUAACUCACGACUUGGAGGCACUCGACCGAGCCGCCAAAAGAGGCCUGAAACCGGGGAAACUGAAUAAUCACUUGGAAGCUGCUAUCCACGAGGCCAUGAGCGAGCUAGAUAAGAUGUCGGGCACAAUCCCAUCGAGGGAUCGUCAGGUGAAGCUCCCCAAGCCUAAGAGGAGGAAGAUAUCCAGAUAACAUUGAAUGUGUCGGCCCAAGAACGUCCUCAAAGCCUUUCGGAGACUUCGUCCGUUCAGCCUUGAUGCGAUCUGAGCUCUCUAACAGGUGCUACACAUGGACUUUCAGUGGUACAUCGUUGUUCCAUGAUAUCAACUUGACUUAAUGACUGACCACAGAAGGUGCUGGAAAUUCCAAUCACCAAUACAGUUUUAACUGUAGAGAAGAAAAAAACAACAAAAAAAACAAGAAAAAAUACAGAAAACCAUCAAAAACGGUUGCAAUUUGUCUACAGCUCACUGAAUUAACUAUUUUUUUCUAGUAUAAGAUAGUAAAAUAAACAAAAAAAAGCUACAAGCAUUACCUUACAUAUUUAAGAAAAAUAGACAGUCCAAAUAUUUCUGAUACAUUUUCAAUAUGUAUAUAGAUAAUCCUGAAAUUUCAUGCUAUUAAGAAUUGUAUGUAAAUAUUGUACAAUGUCAUGUACAAGCGUACCUAAUGCACAUUUUAUCUUUUAUUGUACAAAAACAAAGCAGAAGAAGUGUACCAAUGUCUUGGUUUCUAUUCAGAAAUGCGGUUGCAUACGGCCGCAUGCAUAGGAUAAAUAAGAAUACAGCCUAAAGCUUUUAUAUGAUGAACUGUAAGACGUGCUGUUUUUCUUUUUUUGGUUUGUUUUUUAUUUUCUCCUUUCUUUUGUAAGGGAACAGCAGUGAAACAGGCAUGAGUAUAUGAGUUCUCCAUUACAGCAGUCACUUCACACCAGUUAAGUGUUCGUUUUGUAUUGGGGACGAAAAGAUUUAAAACAGAAUGAACUUUACCAGCAGAAAGUGUUCAGUGGCCGGACGAAUGUUGGUAAACCUUCAUCUGCUCCACCAGGAAAAUCAUGAUUAUUUUGUCCAGUUUGUGCUUAACAAACUAUAUUAUGUGCGGUUGGCUGGUGAAUUUUCUGGGUUUACCAAUUGUUGUAACUGGCAAACAAAAGAAAGUUGGUUACCUGCCGUUAUUGGAAGGAAAAAUCCACCCUCUGGCAACAUUUUGUAGCCUUUUAUGAGUGCUUAAAAGUCACACUUGGAAAAUAUCACCAAAAUGGUGAAAAAAAGGCUUAAAAUUCAGCUUCCAGCUUCUCAAAUGUGAUAAUUUGGGGCAUUUCUUCGUUUUAGAGCAUCAUGAAAUUACAGUUGGAGCUAUACUCAAAGCUAACGUCGUGUUUCCGUUAGCAUUUUAUUUACCACCUGAUAUGAAAGAGUAGCAACUUUCCAUUUUGAGAGCAGUUCUUUCCAGUUUUCACUUGUUGGUGGACAAUUUUUUUGUUUUUUUUCUUCUUCUUGGAGGUUGUUUUAGCUGUUGGCAAACAGCUGCUUUUGUUUGGGCUUCUUCUGCUGUUAAUUGAAGCCAGUGUAGCCUACAGCGCCAUCCUCAGGCAACACUGUCUUUGCGCAGUAUUUUAAAAGCUUGCGUCAAAUUUGCCAGUAUUCUGUCAGUUAAUUAGCUCUAACGUUAACACGAUUUGUUCCCUCUUCAGCUGCAGUUCUUUAGAGCAGUAAACUGCGAAUGUUUGGAUCCAGACAUUUGAAAUUGUCAUCUUUAGCUUUAGAGAUCAACAUUUUUCACCAUUUUCUGACAUAUGUCAAACAAUGAUAUAAUGAAUCAAUUUGAAUAAUUUUUGAGAAAAAAAGUCGAAAUUCUGUAAUUACAGCUUCUUAAAUAUGAAUAUUUAAACAGUAAACUGACUACGUUUGGGUUUCUGGACAAAACAAAACAUUUGAAGUUGUCAUCUUCUGACCUUUUGUAGCCCAAACAGCUAAUUAAUUAACCAGUUUAAUUUGUUUUUUUUUGAGGGGAAAACAGUCCAAAUUCUCUGAUUUCAGCUUCUUCCAAGAAUAUUUUCUGGUUUCUUUCCUCCUCUGUGACACUAAACCGUGUAUCUUUUGGUUGAGGAUAAAACAAGACAUUUGUUUUGUUGGAUUUUUCCAUCAUUUCACCAUUUUUCUGACCUUUUAUAGACCAAACAAGUAAUCAGUCGACUGACAGAAUCAUCAACAAUGAAAAUAUAUGAAUGCAGCAGCUCAAUUGUCAUCAUUUUUAGUUGCUGUUGUUGUUGUUAGUUUCAUUCAGGCUUUAAACAGGAGGAUGCAUUUCUACACAUGUAAUCUCGCGUUUACAUGUAAAAAGCUGAUUAAAACCUGCUCACAUGUCUGAGAAAGUUGCAGAAUUCUCACUCCUGACACCUCGUUUCUCUAACCGGCUUGCAACAGAAAGACCACUAACCCCAUCACACCUCCAUGAAGUGCACGUUAACGUGCCGUACGCUCGUCGCAUUACUGAAAGCAUCGUGGCAGCGAAGCAUUCGGCUCAUUACGGCGUCGAAAUUGGCGUCUGCACCUCAUCUCCGAUCU